AUGAAUGCCAAUACUGAGGAAUUAACCUACAUGCAAAGCCAUUUAGGACCAAUUACCUAUUAUGAAAUAAGCACAUUGACGAUGAAAGGACGUGACGUUGAGUUGCCAGAAAUUCAAACCAUGCUUAUGACCAUUGACUUCUCAAGAAACAACUUCACAGGAGAGAUUCCAAAGGAUAUUGGUAAGCUCAACUCACUCAAAGGCCUCAAUUUUUCACAUAACAAGCUUGUUGGUAAUAUCCCUUCAUCAUUGGGAAAUUUGACCAAUUUGGAAUGGUUUGAUCUCUCCUCAAACAAGCUUGAUGGAAUGAUUCCAAGACAAUUGGCUACAAAUCUGAAUCAACUCGGAUUUUUAAAUAUUUCGGUGAACAAAUUGGAGGGAUCAAUUCCUCAUGGCCCAUAA